GCUGUGACAUCUCUAUCCACAAAGGCCGUUUUGAUUAAUGAUCUAAUGUCUGAAUACAGCGUGGACUUGAUUGGACUCACUGGAACCUGGUUAAAACCUGAUGAAUAUUCCCCCCUGAAUGAAGCAUCGCCUCCGGAUUUUGCGUACUCACACAUCCCUCGUGUAUCAAAGAAAGGUGGUGGUGUUGCUAUGAUAUAUAAAGCUAGCUUCAACCUCAGCCUAAAAUCUGUAAAUACCUUUAAAUCAUUUGAAAUAAUUUGCAUGAAACCACCAACUAUUUUAAAAAGGAAUAAUGCUGCUACUCCUGGCCCCCCUCCCUCAUUUUGUAUAGUUACUCUAUACCGGCCCCCCGGCCCGUAUUCCCUCUUCCUGGAGGAAUUUGCAGAUUUUAGUGCUGAUCUUGUGACAUAUACUGAUAACGUCUUGAUUAUGGGUGAUUUUAACAUUCAUGUGGAUGACCCAAAAGAUCCUUUAAGUAAAGCCUUUACUGCUCUAAUGUAUUCCACAGGUCUCACUCAGGUGGUUUCCAAACCUACCCAUCUUCACUCGCAUACAUUGGAUUUAGUUCUCAUGCGGGGAAUCAAGAUUAGUGACGUCAUUGUCCACCCCCACAAUCCUAUAUUAUCAGACCAUUGCCUGGUCACCUUCAAAAUGGACCUCUGCCAGAGCCUUGGAGGCACUAAGAAUAUUUCUACUAGCCGCUGCAUAACCCCAAACACAGCUCUGGAACUGGCAAAUAUUCUACCCGCUGCACUAGAAGUCCUUAACAUCCCAAAUAAAUCAUUAAAUACUAAAACGAGGGAUCUGAAUUUGGUUCUUCAGCUAUCCCUAGACUCUGUUGCCCCUCUCAAACCAAGGAAAAGAAAGGACAAGAAACUGGCUCCAUGGUAUUCAGAGGAAACCCACACUCUUAAGAGGUCCACUAGAAAACUAGAACAUAAGUGGCGUACCACUAAAUUGGAGGGUUUCCGCCUGGCCUGGAAGGACAGCCUAAUCGAGUACAAGCAAGUCCUCAUCAGGUCCAGAUCAGAUUAUUUCUCUAGGUUGAUUAGUAAGAACAAACACAACACUAAGUUCCUAUUUGACAGUUGCAAAUCUCACUAA